AUGGCUGCGCCGGCACAAGGCUGGAGGAGGCAGCAAGAGCGGCGAAACUCGUCUUGGAGCAACCUUCAGAGGCGCCUGCAGAUGUCGGUCAAUCCGCUUGCAAGCGAGUCGGCUACUGUAGCCACGUGUCUUUGGGAGGACUUGGCAACGGCCGGCCUGGAGUUCUUCGAGUCCCAGGAAGAUCCGAACGGCCUGAUUAUCUCAGUGCAGCUCUUGAUCCGAGCUUUGGAGUUGAAGCGAUCGGAUACGGAGCUGCUGCAGCGUUUGGACGCCGUAGCGGCGGUGUCGGCCAGGGUGUCGCUUCAAGCUGAACUUCGUAACUCUGCGCCUGCUACUCCCGGGCUUGCGGCGCUUCGAGAAGCCGUGUCUUUGGCAUGGAGCAGAGGACAGGAACUUGGGGACAGUUGCCAGUGGGAACUGGCAGCUUCCAUGUUCGAGCGCAUCCACCGCAUCCUGCAGCCACUGGACACCCUGACACCGCAUGGACCAGACCUCGACGUGGCAAGGCUUCAGGAGCUCUGGAGUGCGAGGGCCUGGUGUCUGGUAUUGGAGGCAUCUGCCAGAGUCCAGCAGGCGAAGGAUCUUAAGACGAAUGCUCAAGACCGAAGCAUGCACCUGCAGCAAGCUCGCGGCAAUCUCGAUACGGCUCACAGGCUUCGUCGCCAGUCGGAGAAGGUUUCAGCAGAGAGCUUGGCCAAGACCGAGCUCCGGAGUUCUCCCUGGUCUCAUCGGCUCUUCAUGAUCCUCGUUCUUGUGGAGUUUGAGGUGAAGUGUCUGACCGGUGAAACGGAGGCAAGCUUGCAACAGUUCGUUGAGCAGGCAUCUUCUCAUGAAGCAGUUGGCCUCCAUAGCCUCUUGGCGAUGUCCAAAAUUCUUGCGGCAUCUUCAUACCGGCGGUUGGCCAUUCAUUGCUUGCAAAGCUAUCUUCAAGUCCUGACUGCCGCACGGGCUGCUGUGGACUACAAGCAGAUCGUCGCUGCCUAUCGCAACAUGGUGGCCUUGCUGUCCUCCAGGAAUGAAGGCUUCCGCCUUUUCGAAGGUCUCUGCAAGAUCUUGAGCCAAGCCAGCCAAGCAGAAGAGCUGGCCUCCGCCAACUUGGAGGACGAAGCCGCCUGGCUGAUCGCGAAGUCAUGGAAUACCGGUAGGUACUUCUAUCGCCUGCAGCAGUACAGGUAUGCGGAGCGCUGGAUGAGCAAGAGCCUUUCCUUCGCCAAGAUCUUCCCCGGUGUUCCAGGUCUGCCCUCACCUGAAACCAUGGCUGAGGGAUAUCGUUCGUGCUUGAAGCACUGCAGCACAUAG